CGAAGUGCUGGGAAUUGACCUUUCAAUAAUGUCUGACCGCGACGACCGUCCUUCGGUUCGGUCAUGGGUUGGAGCCAUCAUUUCUGGAUUCUUCCAACAGCUGCCUCUCUCAGGCUUGUGGCAAAAUCAGGUGUAUUCCGCAGAGAGUCGGACAAUGGUAUUCUUACGGGGCAAAUAGAGGGAAAGGGAGCCUAUCCGACAGCAUAUGGGGGGUAUUGUGAUGUGUGGAAGUGCAGCUGGAGGAAGGAUUCGGGAGCCAUCGAGGUAGCAGUCAAAACUGUCAGAGUGCACGGAAGUGAUUUAGACAGGGAAGGGAAGAGCAAAAGACUUAGUACAGCAAUUGAAGGAUGGCUGCAGUUGGAUCAUGACAACGUUAUACCAAUUUUCGGGAUGACGUUUGGAUUUGGUCCCUUGCCAGCCUUGGUAUGCCCGUGGAUGAAGAAUGGCACCCUGACACGUUACUUGGAGCAAAAUCACCAUCAAAUCACUGCCUCAACCCGAAAGGCAAUGCUCCUGCAAGUCAUUUCCGCAGUUCGUUAUCUGCAUGACCAUGGGGUCAUUCACGGGAGUCUUUCUGGGUCGAAUAUCUUCAUCAACGAUCUCGGACAGGCGUGUGUGGCUGACUUUGGGAUGGCAGCUCUAUUGCUGGAGUUUUCUAGCGAGUCUUAUUUCUCUUCUUCCAUUGGAGGGGCGGUAAGGUGGAUCGGACCUGAGCUCUUCCAAGUGCCUGACGAAUCAAGUAAUUCUGUGGGCUUCCCUAGUACUCAAGGUGACGUAUAUUCCUUUGGGUGCAUCAUGCUUCAAAUCCUUUCUGGCCAAAUCCCUUAUCAUUACUUCCAGCGUGACACACAAGUCUUCUUUGCUAUAUCUACAGGCGUCAAGCCGUUACACCCAGAAAGUUCCUGUGUUAACGAUUCUCAAUGGGGCGUUAUCCAGCAAUGCUGGUUGGGUCCUGAACAACGGCCAACUAUGGAAUACCUUCAAUCUUGCGUUAAUGAACUAGAUUUCUAGGCAUGCUCACUUGUUACGACCUUACGAAGUUUGUCCCCUAGGUAUUUGGUUCCUAGUAGCACUGCACGAACCGGAGAUGACGAGCUAUACUUCCAUACUGUAGUACAAGUACAACUAGUAGGUACCAGCUCGGGUUCCUGGAGUUUGCACGUUAUUGUUUACUUCCCGUACUCACCUGUAAUGCUUCAUGUCCACUCUAUGCUCUGACUUGCUAUGCCCCAAUGGUGAGUGUGCGCAGGCCUUUUUACCAUGUUG